AUGACCUAUAAGCUAUCAUAUGAUACCAAAAGCUCAGCUUUAAUUAUUGCAUUGAUCCUCGUUCCUAUCGUUGUUCUCAUCUUCGUUGUUGUCAUCGCUCUUGCGUGUUCCAAUUACUGGAGCAUCCAUUCCCUCAAAGAAUUGUGCCUGUCGUGCCUGUCGUGUUUCAGUUUUUGGAAACAGCAGAGACGCAAGAAGAUCCCAUCAGACUCAGAGGCCUCUCCCGUCCCCCACUCGAAUUUGACCCGUACGACAGAGGCUUCAGACAUUCGGAUUGAGUUUGAGCCUCCUGUCAGGAAUAGGGAGCAUAUCUAG